AUGAUCUACAUCACCUUCCUAAAUAUUACCAAUGCCAUCGUCACUACGUUGUUACACCACUCUUUCAUGCAACCGUUGCAUGUUGAUAUGCAUAAGGAUAUGUAUCACCUGCAGUUCUCUUUUCUAUCGGAAGUGGAAAAUGUUCAAAAAGAAAGUGAUGAAUUGCUGAUUGAUGCAGUGAGAAGUUAUCCGCACUUAUAUAAUUCGUCUCUGAAAGAAUUUAAAGACACAGAAAUGAAACAAAACUCAUGGAAGGAAAUUUUUGAGAUAUUGAAUCUGUCAAUUGAAGUUUGUCAAAAUCGAUGGACACGUUUAUGCGAUCGAUUUUCAAGGGAGAAACGAUUACGUAAGACAGAAACACGGGGUGGUAGUGGAGCCUCUCACAGAUCAGGAUUUUCAUUGUAUAAUGACAUGUUAUUUUUGGAACACCAUAUAAAACAGAGAAGAUUCAAUAUCGAGACAUUCAGUACCAAGAGAUUCAGUACCGCUACAUUCAAUACCAAGAGAUUCAGUAUCGAGACAUUCAGUAUCAAGAGAUUCAGUAUCAAGAGAUUCAGUAGCAAGAGAUUCAGUACCAAAAGCUUCAGUACCGAGAGUAACUCCUACUUAGAACAAUCAUUUGUAGCUCUAAGUGAUAAUCUACAAAAACGCAUAACUAAUAAUCAGUCAUUUCAACAAAUGGCUUGGAACUUAUAUGAUUUAAUAGCUGAUAAAAGUUUUGGACUGUUAGUUGCAGCAGAAUUAGAAAGAAUACUCGAACCGGAAAAGUCUAAACGAAAGCAGGCAAUUACAAACAUUUUGUGGAAACCACUAGCAUAACUAGGUUUAUUCGCAUCGCAUGUUCCAACAUGUUCCCACCAUAGCUCCUAUUCAUUCCAACGCUCUUGUUGAAAUGAAUAGGAACUGUGAUAGAAGCAUGUUGGAGCAUGUGACGCGACCAACUCUAUUGUUUUACACAAAUUUCCUUAUGGAUCAAUUUUAA